CCUGUGUAAAUGCGUAUAAAGCAUCCCUCUAACUUAGUGACAAACCUGAGGAUCGAUAGAUUGAAUUGAAAUCCUCGUGGAAGCUUCAAUGCCCGCGAAAUACUGAGGGCUCCAAGUCGACGCACUUUGCCCGCGCAUCUCAUAAAUAAUCUCAUAUAUUAUUAACCCGCUUUAUACAGCUCCCGGAAAAUUGUCCUCCAUUACUCAAUUACGCAAUUUGCAUAAUUAUUAUCAACCGCAAUCAUUUUACUGGCAAUUCAUCCACGGAAAUAAUAUCAGUAGACAUAUUCGUAGACAUUCUGGCGUUUCGGAAAAUUAACUGGUGACUCCAGACCCUAUCAGGGUUUGUCUUUUAAACAAUGCAAGUAUUGACAUUUAACUUCUUCCUUCUCAGUAUCACGGGGGUCUGGAAACCGCGUCAGUGGGGUGGGAUAAGAGCUAUUUUCUAUUACAUUUACCAAGCUUUCGUAGUAAUUAUCAAUCUAAAUUUCUUACUGUCCAACAUUAUGGACCUUAAGUUAGAAAACGUCAAUCUAGAGGCCUUCGCAGAUAACUUGUCAUUGAUCUUCGCCUUGUCCAUCACGCAAAAAAAAAUAAACUGCGUAAUUGAGAAUCGCAAUAGCAUCAUGCACAUCAUCGACUUGCUCCAUAGACGUCCUUUCAAGCUUCGAGAUCAUCAAGAAGAACUAAUUUUCUCCCAAUUCGACAAAUUUGCCAGAUCUGUCUUCACACGCUACGUACUCGCACAUACUGGCUUCCUAUCGAUAUAUUCCUUAGGCCGUAUGACUUUAAUGGAUCCGCCCCACACUCUUCCUUACAAUGGUUGGUUCCCCUACAAUUACACUCGCACAACUAAAACCUACUGGGCAACAGCUGUUUUUCAAUUCUACGCAGUAUUCAGUCUAGGGGUAAUCGAUUUGCUACUAGACCUGUUACUGCCCUGUUUAAUGUGUUACAUGUGCGGGCACAUUCACAUUCUGCGUUACAGGUUUCAAGUUAUGAUAGAAAAAUUGCUAAUCAUGUCAGAAAAUAAUGAAUCUUAUGGUAAAAUCGUAUCAGCUGAGCGGAAAUUGAUGGCCGAGUGGGUCAAAUAUCACAUCGAUAUCAUAAAUUUAGUUAAAUUUACCAACGAAAUAUUUGAGGGUGUGAUAUUUGUGCAGUACACUGUAAUUUCACUUCUUCUCUGUACCAUUGCGUACUUUCUGUCACAUACUAAAUCUGGGACGAUGAUGAGUUUUGCUGGUAGCUUUGCAUUUUUGGCUGGAAUGGUAAUUCAAAUAUUGUUGCCGUGUUUUUUUGCUGAUCAAUUGACUGUUGAGUUUUUAGAUAUAUCUACGGGAAUAUAUAACACAAAAUGGUACAACUUGAGCAACAAUAUCCGUAGAUCGGUAGUAAUCAUUCUACGAAAAUCUUACCAACCUGUCACAAUAACGAGCAUUUUCUUCAUAAUUUUAUCUCUUGAAUCUUUCAUGAAGGUGAUCAUUUUAUUUAUUUCAUUUCUUAUAUUUAUUACCAAUAAUUAUUAUCUAAAAUAAUUUUUUAAGGUCAUUAAAGUUGCGUACACUAUUUACAAUGUGCUGGAAUAAAAUUAAAUAUAUAUGAGUAU